UUCAUUUGCUGCAAAUAGUUACAUUUUAUCUUAAACCAUGCUUUGUUCCUCCAAGUGUGUUUGAAUCAUAUCAUACUUUGAAUUUAUUGUCAACACUAGCAAUGGCAAAGGGUUGCACCACCAACAACUACGAAGGGGCUAGAAAGCAAAGACUUGAAGAAAACCAGCCCUGUCUUCCUAAAUUGGCACAAAAAACUGAUGGUGUAGUGGAACCUAGGCGCUCUUCUCGUGCGCGAAACCCAGUUUCUUCAUACCGUGAAGAUGUAAGUAAUAUUAGGUCAAGAUCAAGACAAUCAUCAUGGGAAAGUUAUGUUGUAAGACCAUUAGAUGAAAUCAAAGUAGCAACAGAAGGAAAAAGAAUUCGUGCUUUGGAGGCUGCAGAGGCACUCCAAAUGAAUUUAAAAACUUCGCAUCCAUCAUUCGUCAAGUCAAUGGUUCGGUCUCAUGUUUAUAGCUGUUUUUGGUUGGGUCUUCCUUCUAAAUUUUGUAAGGAACAUCUUCCGAAAACUCUGAAUGACAUGAUUUUAGAGGAUGAAAAUGACUCAAAAUAUGAGGCUGUUUACAUUGGGAAAAGAAGUGGGCUUAGUGGUGGCUGGAGAGCAUUUGCAUUGGAUCAUAAGCUGGAUGAUGGUGAUGCACUUGUUUUCGAAUUGAUUGAAGCAGCGAAAUUUAAGGUUUAUAUUGUGAGAGCAUUUCCAAAUUCAGUUGAAAAAGAGGAUACUUUGGAGGAAGAAGGAACCAUGAGAGGAAAAAAAGCUGCUAGUAAUGGAGAAUCAGAAUCAAAGAAGUCAAAAAAACCAAAACAAGCCAUUGUACAUGAACAUAAGGAACCAGUGAAUCGGAAAAAUUUUAAGGAAGAAGGAAAAACACCUGCAACUAAAGCAACCAAAAGGUGAAAAGCUGCCGGUAAUAGUGAAUCAGAAUCAAACAAAGAGAAAAAGCCAAAGGCAAAGCUUCCUGUUAUUGCUGAUUUAAAAGGGGUAGCACAACUUGAAACUGUGAAACCAAAGGCAGCUACAAAGCUCUCAAACAAGACAAGGAACUACAAAAAAGACAUUGCACGUGAAAUUGGUGACUCAGGUAUUACUGAACAACAUCUUUUGGAAAUUAAUGCUCUCAAACUAAGAGAGACUAACUUGAGCAACAAGGAAGAACUUGUUCAAGAUGCUGAUGGUGGGUUAGAGAAGGGUGAGCCAGUUGAAGUAGCAAGCAAAAAGCCUAGGAAAAAACCAGCUCCCAAGUUGUUCAGAAAGAAAGUAUAGGCUUGGUGCUAUUAACAAGUAAAAAUAGUUGUCAUGAAAUGCAAAUAUGGUUUUUUUAAAAAGGAUUUGUGUUAAAUAAAUUUAGGUAGAAGAAACAUUUUGUGUUUGAAUUUCUGCACUUUCAUAUCUGUUUGUGGAUUUAGGAGCAUUCACAAUGGUGAUUGUUUAACACUAUUUCUGUGAGUUCUUAAGGUCACAUGAUUUAAGCAAAAUCUAUAAGCAACUCAUUUAGAUUUUAAUCCAAUUGAAGUUUUUUAUUUUUUCC